CCCUCCCCGGGGCUUCGCCCUCAGCCCCCAAAAGGCCGGGGGGGAACCAGGGUCCUGCCUCCCCGUCACGGCCCCCUUCGCGGGGGGAGGCCGGGCCCGCCCUGGUCCCUGCCGCCCCGCUCUCCCGUCCCCUUCCCGGGGCGGGCCUGCCUGGGUCCUGUCUCCCCUUUUCCCGCCACGGCCCCUUUUGUGGAGGGGCUGCCUGGGUCCUGCCCGCCGGCCGCUCCCCGGCCACUACCCCCUUUGUGCGGAGGCACCUGGGGCCCUGCUCCCUCUCCCCGGCCAUUGCCCCCUUUGUCGGGGAAGGGGGCGCUGCCUGGGUCCCUGCUCCCCCAUCAGUGUCCCCCUUCACGGGAGGGGCUGCCUGGGCACCUGCCCACUUCACCGCCCCCUUUACUGGGGUGCUGCCUGGGUUGCUGUGCCCUUCACUGCCCCCUUUGCGCACAGGGGUGCUGCCUGGAUCCCUGCUUCCAGCCCCCUCACCCCUCCGCCUUUUUGGGAGGGGAGUGCUUUCUCUGGCCCUGGAAUGUGUGUCACACCUGAUUACAUUGCUUUGGGUUACAUCCUCACGCAGUGUCUUUGCGCUUAUUUUCUCUCUGUAAAAAUCUCUCAAACCCUUCUUUCCAAAUUGACAAUUGUAUAGAUUACCCUAGUUUUUAGGUUGCAGAGAUCUGCUAAGAAGAAGGAUGGUUUUGUGGUUCUGGUCCAGGACUGAGAGGUCUGAUCUUGCAGUGAGCUCUGCGCAGAUCUUGGAGGAUCAAGGGUGCUUCUCUUCCUCUGGACUUCUGAGGGCUAACAGUGGAGAACCUACAAAAUUUCAGCCGCCUCCAAAGCCAGUUAUUGUUGACAAACAUAAAGAGGUAGUAGAGAGAAGGUUCUUGAGUCCUGAAUUUAUUCCCCCCAGAGACCGAACAGAUCCUCUUAAAUUCUGUAUUGAAAGAACUGACAUGAUACGAAGGCGAAAAGUGCUCGACAUUCCAGAGUUCUAUGUUGGAAGCAUCCUUUCUGUUACCACAGCAGAUCCAUAUGCCAGUGACAAAACCAGCCGUUUUGUAGGAAUUUGCAUUCAAAGAGGAGGAAAAGGACUUGGUGCUACCUUUGUGCUUCGGAAUAUUAUAGAAGGGCAGGGUGUUGAGUUUUGCUAUGAACUGUACAAUCCUCGAAUCCAGGAGAUCAAGGUUUUGAAGCUGGAGAAGAGACUAGAUGACAACCUGAUGUAUUUACGGGAUGCUUUUCCUGAAUAUAGUACUUUUGAUGUGAACAUGAAACCUGUGCCCCAUUCAGCUAAUGAUGAAAUUCCUGUAAACCAGCUGAAGGUCAAAAUGAAACCUAAACCCUGGACAAAACGUUGGGAACGGCCAAAAUUUAACAUUCAAGGAAUCCGCUUUGAAUUACCUGAAGAAAUGAUGAAAGAAGCACAAAAGUGGAGCCAGCCCUGGAUAGAAUUUGAUAUGCUGCGAGAAUACGAUACUUCAAAAUUAGAGAAGGAAAUAUGGAAAGAAGUGAAUGAAGAGCUAAAAAAAUGAUACUGCUUUUAUAUGGAGAUUACUGAGGAGGGAGGCCCCCUGAAUUUUUUAAUAUACAAUUCUUCAAUUGUGUAAGACUUGUGUACAAUAAAGUUAAUAUUUCAAAAACUUA